UCUCAGCUCAUCCACACAGUUCAUAAACUCGCUGCAUGGAAUCCAAAACCAAGUUCUGAAUUUCACAUAUAGUUUUUUUUUUCUGCUUGAUUAAUUUCAAUCUUAUAUCAUGAGGAAAGGCUCAACAUCAAUUGCAUCAACCGUUCUUUUUCCUGUCCUAGUUUUUCUACUCUUCCUUGUUCAAGUUCAAGCAAGAAACUUGAAUGAAGCUGAUUGUUCUUCUUCCUGUGGAGAUAUCCACAACAUCAAGUACCCUUUCCGCCUUAAAGGCGAUCCAUCCGGCUGCGGUGACCGCGACUUUGAAUUCUCAUGUGUCAACAACAAAACCAUCCUCGAAAUAUUUCCGGGUAAAUACUACGUCAAAAACAUUUCAUACACUGACAAUCUACUCCGUUUAGUUGAUGUCAACUUCGCAAACGGAAGCUGCAGCCUCCCAUCUGGUUCUAUAGAAAAUUCAGAUGGUUUCGUCCAAGACAUUCGUUACAAGGGUCAUGUCAACUACACAACUGGAUCUCGUAUCCGAUUUGUCAAGUGCUCAAGAAAUGUCACCCUGCAGAAUAAUGAGAAGUAUUACUAUAACUACACGGAGGUUCCUUGUUUGACAAGAAAUGGAACUUACACGUAUGCUGUUCUAGAUGGAAUGUACACGGCUAUGGAUUAUCCACCGACGUGCUCACUUGUUUCGCUGGCUCCUGUGGAUUAUCAUGAAGAUGUUUAUAAGUCCCCUACUUAUGAAGCCAUAGUGAAAGUGUUGCAGGCAGGGUUUGAUCUCGGUUGGUCUGUUGAGUGCAGGGAUUGCUCUUUGGCUGGUAAGCAUUGCGUAAUCGAUGACAAAGCAUGGGACACUAGGCCUAUCAUAUUCCAAUGUGCAAAAGAUUACAAAGAACUCACACAGUUUGAAGCAAGAUUGAUCAUUGCGGGAAUCUGUGUGGCAGGUGUAAUUGGUCUAUUGCUUAUAGUUGCUGUAUUGGUGUUUGUUAUCCGCAAAUAUAAGAAACGAAACAAGCCCGUGAAGAAUCUACAGAACCAGCAAUCAUCGACACUUUGAAUCAGCAAUUCUUGUACAAGUUAACCAAUGUAUACCCUCACCCUAUACAGCUAAUUAGCUAUAAGCUAUGUGAUACAGUUGCAUGUAAAAAAUGCUUGUUAGUUAACACGUACUAUACAAUUUGUUGGAUUUGGUCUUGGAGAAUAAAUCUAAUGUAAUUCGAUUGUCAUUCUUUUGUGUAGUCAAAUACUCUGUAUGUGAAGACUAUUAAUUGCAUAUUAA